GAUGCAGGGAGGCUGGAGGAACCGUGCAAGAGGCGGCCGGGCAGCCUCCGUCCUGCUGCUCCUGGGGGCUUUGGCCGCCUUUCACCUGCCUCGCAGGGGCGCUGCCGCCCAGCGGCUCCCCAGGGACACAGAAAAUAAAACACAAUGCAUCCCCCCUCCCUCAUCGGAAUUUCCUGACGCAUUUUUUACACAACAGGAGAGAGAAGAUGGGGGGAUCAUUAUCUAUUUCAUAAUUAUCCUUUACAUGUUUAUGGCUGUAUCCAUUGUGUGUGAUGAUUACUUCCUUCCUUCUCUAGAGAGUAUUAGUGAAUCCCUUGGCCUCUCUCAGGAUGUUGCUGGAGCAACUUUUAUGGCAGCUGGUAGCUCUGCUCCUGAAUUGGUCACUGCUUUUCUAGGGGUAUUCGUGACAAAGGGAGACAUUGGAGUUAGCACCAUCCUUGGAUCUGCAAUCUAUAACCUUCUUGGUAUCUGUGCAGCUUGUGGGUUGUUAUCUAGCAUGGUUUCGAGGCUGUCUUGUUGGCCACUGUUUAGAGACUGUUUGGCAUAUGCAAUUAGUGCAGCAGCAGUCCUUGCAAUGAUAUUUGACAGCAGAAUUUACUGGUAUGAAGGUGCUUCCCUGCUGCUGAUUUAUGGGUUAUAUAUUCUGGUGCUGUGUUUUGAUAUUAAAAUCAAUCAAUAUAUUAUGAAGAAGUUUAGUCCCUGCUGUACUUGUUUUGCAAAAGCUAUGGAAGAAAACACUGAACAGCAGCCAUUAAUUGGCUGGAAGGAAGAAUGUGAACCACUAAUUUGUCGACAAUCAAGAAUCGAUAGUGGAAUUUUUCAUGAUGAAUCAGACUACUCACAACUUUCUAUAAGUUUACAUGGGCUUGAUGAAAUUUCUGAAGAUCCUCCAAGUGUCUUCACCAUCCCUGAAGCAGAUUUAAAAAGAAUUUUCUGGGUGCUCUCUCUUCCUAUUAUUACACUACUCUAUUUGACCACACCAGACUGCAGAAGACAGUUUUGGAAAAACUGGUUCAUGGUGACAUUUUUCAUGUCAGCUGUGUGGAUUUCUGCAUUUACAUAUGUCCUUGUAUGGAUGGUAACAAUAGUGGGUGAUACGCUGGCAAUUCCAGAGACAGUAAUGGGUCUUACAUUACUAGCAGCAGGGACAAGCAUACCAGACACAGUUGCAAGCGUACUGGUGGCUAGGAAAGCAGCACCAGAGAAUGCAAGUAUAUGGCAGAGCCCUGCUGUUUUGCACUCUACUUGGCUGAAGCCUGCUCCCGUCUAUUGCAUGCAGAACUCCCGCAUCCAAUUCCUCACAACAGUAUUAAAAUGCACAGACUUAAUACCAGCCUCUGCAAGACCAAGAUGCAUCAUCAAUACACAGGGAAAAAAAAUAAUCUGGUAUUAGUGUAAAACAGGGGUCGGCAACCUUUCAGAAGUGGUGUGCCAAGUCUUCAUUUAUUCACUCUAAUUUAAGGUUUCACGUGCCAGUAAUACAUUUUAAUGUUUUUAGAAGGUCUCUUUCUAGAAGUCUAUAAUAUGUAACUAAACUAUUGUUGUAUGUAAAGUAAAUAAGGUUUUCAAAAUGUUUAAGCAGCUUCAUUUAAAAUUAAAUUAAAACGCAGAGUCCCCCGGACUGGUGGCCAGGACCCGGGCAGUGUGAGUGACACUGAAAAAAAUCAUCUCGCGUGCAGUCUUUGGCACGCGUGCCAUAGGUUGCCUACCCCUGGUGUAAAACAUCUGCAGUCAGAACUAAGUUUGUGUUUUCAACUGAGAAAUUUGGUCUACAAAUACAUAGCAGCCACUAUCAACCUAAAUAUAUUCUAUUCUGAAUGUCUUCAUUUCCAAGGAACUGUUCAGCCACUUUAAAUCCAAGAUGGGGCAAAGACUUCCUGCCAUCUUAAAAGAUGGGAAACAGUCUAAAACAGAUACCAGAAAAUCUGAUGUCUUCUGGAAAGGGGCAAAUUAACCAGAUUGUGCAAAGAUGAUAAAACGAUUUGCUAAGAAUCUUCUUUUCUGCCCCUGAAGAAAAGACUGAAUCAUCUCGUGAGACAGGGAGGCAACUCAGAAAUUCAAGAUAGUCAAGAGGACCCACUGGUCUUCUGUGAUGUGGACCCAAUCCUUGAAGAUGCCCCACCCCAAACAGAGAAUGUAUGAAGAGUAGAAGCCAUUCACAGGCUGGAAGAAGCAGAGCUUCCAGACUGACUUGCGUAAAGAAUGAUUCUCUAAUUUGACUUAAGCACCUGUCUAAAUGGGGAUUUUCUAAUUAAAAUUGGUAAUCAUGCCUGAAUCUCCUUCAGGGAAAAAACUGUUUUACAAGCAGCCUUUAUGGUGGCAACCUAAACUAGUCCCUUCUGCCUCUUCCAAUGAGGCAUCCACAUAUCAUGAAGAUUUUAUGAGUCAACCUCAUGCUAUUCUUCACCUUUGCAGGGUGGAGUUAACAGAAAAGAAAGUCAAUCUCUUUAGCAUGUCCACCACAAAAGGAAGGAAGUAAAUAGCUACAUUUAGUCAGGAUCCAGGCUCAUCCUUGCACUUCUGGUCAACCUAGGCUCUACUUCUGCAGAAUAUUUUUUGUCCUAAAUGAGCAAGUGAAGCCAAGAGAGUAAUGAAACCUGCUCAGUCAAAAAUGUGCAACAUCCUUGCACAGGACAUUGUGACCUAAAAGUGGAGAAAAUAUCAGCACAACCUCCUGAGCUGUUUUUACCCCUGGGGGCAUUCUGCACCACUGUGCAAUGCAGAAUUUUUCAGAAAUUAACAUGCACGCAGAAUUUCCUUGCCCCCACAGAAAUGGACUGCAGUGCUGAGGGCCACGACUAGCGGUCGCUGGACCCAGCAGAGCCAAACUCACACAUAGAAGACACUGCUGGGGGGUGGGGGAGGGAG